CCACCAAACUUGAUAACGGCAUCAUAUGAUUUGUGUGCUCUCCACAGACUUUAACAGCUGAUCUGUAUUGACCAAUGAAAAGUUGUUUUGAUCUCAGUUUCUUAACGCAAAAUCUUAAAUUUUUAGUCUGCUAAUCUGCUUUUCAAAUUUGUGUCGUCUCUUAAAGCUUUCUGGAAGUGCAUUUAUUUUAACAAUAAACUGUGAAGUAAUUGAGUAAAGAAUUGCAAAAUAAUAUUUAUAAAGUUAGUUCUUAUUUAGGCUAUACAAUAUUGCAACGUCUUUGUCUUUGUUAAUAGAUUCUAAUCAAACUAGGUAUCUGGUCAUUGUUUUCUCUUCAUCCGGGUUUUGUUUGACUAUUCUUUUGAGAGAUGGACGGCAGUAGCUCAGAGGAAGAUGAUGCCAACUGGGUGUUCUACAGAGAUCGUGCCGAAUGGGCAGAUCUGCAACCCCUUCCCCAGGACGAUGGGCCACAUCCUGUUGUGGCAAUUGCCUAUUCUGAUAAAUUCCGGGAUGUUUAUGAUUACUUUCGAGGGGUGUUGAAAGUUCACGAACUAUCAGAACGGGCCCUGGACUUGACCCGAGACGCUGUUGAAUUGAAUGCUGGAAACUAUACAGUCUGGCAAUACAGGCGAGAAAUUCUGAAGCAUUUGAAUAAAGAUUUGAAAGAGGAAAUGGCAUUUGUUGAGGGUGUCAUAUCAGAUUUCCCCAAAAACUACCAAGUGUGGCACCAUCGUCAAGUUCUUGUAAGUUGGUUGAAUGAUGGAUCUGAGGAGUUGAGUCUGACUGCCAAGAUGCUAGCCAUGGAUGCCAAGAAUUACCACGCAUGGCAACAUCGUCAAUGGGUCAUCAGGACGUUCAAGCUAUUUGAUAAUGAGCUAGAAUUCAUUGAGAAGCUUUUGAACGACGAUAUCAGGAACAACUCAGCAUGGAAUCAGAGGUACUUUGUGAUAAAUCAAACGACUGCAUUCUCUCCAGAAGUAAUAGAAAAAGAAAUUGCUUUUGUUCUAAGCAAAAUCAGGAUUGCGUCAAGGAAUGAAAGUUCCUGGAACUAUCUUAGAGGGAUUCUUUUGCACUGUGAAAAUGGACUGAGAGAACCGUCGGUGAUUGAUUUCUGCGCUGAAUUGUACAAUGCUGAGAACAGAUCGCCGUACCUACUAGGUUUCCUGAUUGAUGCAGCCCAAGAACACGCUGAGGCUGGUGCUGGCAAGGAAAACAACCUCCUUUCCAUCGAUCAAGCAUUACAGUUCUGUGAUGAUCUAGCGAAUAAAUAUGACGUCAUUCGAGCCAGGUACUGGAAUUACAUUUCGAGUAGCUUGCGUGUACACAACACAGCCGGUGUAUCGUAGUGCCUCAACAAAUAUUCCCUUAUAUUAUUUAAGUCUCACCAACGUACGCUCAUAUCUAUCUGUAUGCCGAUUAUACUCUAUUUUUAAUUAAGAAUAAUUCUGAAUUGAUAAUUUUGAUUAAUUUUGAGUUAUCAAUGACAUUGGAAAAACCUUUUUGGGUUAUAAUGCAUUGUUAGUCAUAUAUUACUUGUAUCUCAUGAUUAUAGUCAAGUUGAUAAUCAAUAAUCCAAUUCUUAUCAAUCUGAUCCCUAAAAUAUGAAUAAGUCACACAAAAAAUAAUGAAUUUCUUCCACUGAGAACUACUAAUAUUACAAUUCACAGUAUUCCUGUUGCGAAUGUAACAACACAUUCCCCCCCGGAAAAGUUUGAAAGCCCAUCAAUUUGGUGCGAUUCUACGAAUUUUCCACUUCAAAACUAACAUACCCAUACAUCCCCCCCCCUUGGAUACACCACUGCCUGUAAGACACAUCUUAUUCAGAGUAAUAAUAUUAAUUUACUGCAUCUUAUUUAGGUUAAGUCUGGGAUAUUAUACUGAAUACUGGUCUGAUAUUUUUUAUUAUAAUGUUGUCUGAAUUAUACAUUUUUUAUUGAAAA